CUGAGGCGGGGGAGCCGCGGCCGAGGUCGGGGCGGUGAGGGACAAGAUGUCCGCCUCGUUGGUCCGAGCCACCGUCCGGGCUGUGAGCAAGAGAAAGCUGCAGCCCUCCCGGGCCGCCCUCACCCUGACUCCAUCAGCCGUAAACAAGAUAAAACAACUUCUGAAAGACAAACCUGAAAACGUGGGUGUGAAAGUUGGCGUCCGCACCCGGGGUUGUAAUGGCCUAUCUUACACUUUGGAGUACACAAAGACCAAAGGAGACUCUGAUGAAGAAGUCGUCCAAGAUGGAAUUAGGGUGUUCAUCGAAAAGAAGGCUCAGCUAACACUCUUAGGAACAGAAAUGGACUAUGUAGAAGACAAAUUGUCCAGCGAAUUUGUAUUCAAUAAUCCAAACAUCAAAGGAACAUGUGGGUGUGGAGAAAGUUUUAACAUUUGAGACUUCAGGACUGCUUGUUUGCCUUUAAGCCCCAGAAAUACUCCUAGUGGCUUUCUAAACCGUCGUGUUUCUUUCAGGUUCUCGGCCUUUGUAAUCUGGGGAAAUAAAGUUCGUACCUUUGGAAAUUGAAACCAGUGUGGUGAAUUUCCGCACAGUGGCAUUGAGUGACGGGAAUAGUGAAGUGCUGGGCUGUUUAUGCUGUUUGGUUCAGGACAAAAAAGAAAAAACAAAUUUACCCUGCCUGAAAGAUCCUUGUUGUUGGAAUGAUUUCCCCAUCCUCUGCUUAUUCCUGGGGGGUGGCUCUGGGUUUGUCAGCAUCUGGGGGGCACCUCUUUAAUGGGUAGUCCCCACGGUCCCACAUUCAUUGUCUUCCUGGAAUGCGGGGGUUGAGUCCCGCUAAGGAAAACUCGUUGCUUCUGGCACUCGGUGCGGUAUCCAGAUAGGUGCGCGUUGGCGGAAGAACAUUUCCGAAUGUCGCCUUUGCCUUCUAUCCAGAGACCAUGUUCCGGCAGGAUUGACUGUUCUGUCUCCCUGUUUUCGGCUUCAGUUUUCACAAUCCAAAGGCCAGAAGAUCCUCAGUCGGCCCCUCAGUCGUUGGUAUUUUAUUGGGUGUUUUCUGUGUGCAGGGCACUGUACUAAGCUCAACCAACCAAACGUGAAGAGCAGAAAGAAAUGGGAGGCAGGGGGGAUUUACAAAAGCAUUUACUUAAGCUCUGCCAGGAUGUCUCAUCCCCAUUUACCCCCUUAGAAACCCAGUCAAGGAAGAGGCAAGAACUCCUGCAGUGUGCCGGUUAUUCUAUUUUCAGGACCUCUCUCUGCUUCUGCUUCUUUGUCUCUGUCUUCACUCUGUCGUUUGCCUUUGGAUAGCAGAGAGUUAGUUAGCUCCUAGCUCAAAGACUCCUGUUUGGUUGUAUGCAGUGUCCCCAAAAAGGCUGUGGUUCGUUUCCCCCCGGCUCUUGAAGAGCAGGAGGUGGCCUUUAUUGUGCCUCCCAAGUAGGCUGAGGCAAACCCUAGAGUUGGAGAGAACCUUAUUUGUAAACAUGUAAGCUGUCUUCUCUUAUUCCCUUAGAGCCGGGGAGGAGGUCAGAGAAGUCCAUAUAUUGGAUUUGGCCUCAGCAGCGCUGCAAUUGCCUUCCCUCAAGUUGGGUUGUCUUUUUUUUUUCCCCCUAAAACUUCCAAAUUGAAGGACGUUUUCCAGAUCCUGAAUCAGAGUGCCAGAAGAUUGAAGCGCCUAGCUGUUUUUAUGAAUGUAAGUGAGCCCUCUUUCCAGCAACUUUCCAUAACAAGGCUGUAUUUUUGACUUGUUUCUGUAGAGUUUUGCAUAGUCAAUGUUUGAUUGCGUGUGGAGGGGCGUAGGCUUUGCGUUUGAAAUCGGACACUGCCAGAAAACAAAGCAGCCCGAAUUCUUUGAAUAUGGAUGUUGUAUUAACAAAACACACAAGCGCUGGGCUGGAAACGAUGUAAAUGCUAGCGCCUGCCUGUGUACAGUUGAUUCUAAUUUUGCUCUGUUCAUAAUUUGUGCAAUACUGUAUGUAGAGUUUUCAGUUGUUAAUAAAUUACAGCUUCUUGGUGAUCAUUCAAA